UUAUUAUUCUCAAAAUGGCCGAAGUGUAAAGAUGUGUGUUUAAUGUGUUUUCGCAAUUUUGCAAUAAUGGAGCCCAUCAACGUUAGUUACUACGAAGAAAACAAAUCUACAAGUUCUACAGACGUAGCGGACAUCGUGUCGCGUGGAGAUACAGUGUUUGGUCGCGAAAAAGUGAUUCCCUUGAACUCUAUUGACUCGAUUUCAGUGUAUCCACCCUUGAAGUGCUCAAGAAAGUGGUGUAGACUCCCUCAUAAGCCGUUCCUAGACCCUUUUACAGCAAGACUAUUGGACCCUAUGUUAGCUUGAGUGCUAAAAUGGCCUAGCAUCCUCAUAGACUUUACGUAGUGUCUUAGUAAAAUAUCGUAAUCACAAUGCAUACUAAUCAGUGGCGCAAUAGGCGUAAUAAUCUCAAUUUGCCUUCAAAUCCAGCGUUAAACAUGUACUCAAUAGCUAACUAUAGUACUGAUACAUCAAAGACAGACUUUUCAAAGACUUACGCCGACGAAAUGUUGAUACACAACUUGCAUAUGAUGCCAAAUCCGCUUCAAAAGAACUUAGCGGAUACCAUACCAACAGCGGAAAAGCCUAAACCUAAGUUUACAGAGCCUAUAAUUGGGUCCAAAGUAUUUCCGGAGCCUAAAAUGGAGAAAGAGCAAGCUAGAACGGAGUAUACGUUUAGUUUUGGUAGUUUUUUCUCUGGGGUUAUAAGUGCAAUAUCGAGUGGCGUUUUUGGGCGUCGCGAGCCGACGCAGCAGUACUACGAUUGUUUUGAUCCCGAGCCGAACUGGCAGGAAGCCAGCGAAGCGGAUUUAAAUAAAAUACGCUCGCAGUCGCUCAAGGAAGACGCCAUGAGCGCGGAGUGUCGGAGCGCCGCGGCGCAUUGCGAGGACAAACUCAACAGGGUGAGACACUUACUUAGCAGCAAACCUGUUCCCACCACCCCGAAAUACAGGAGAAAGCCUAAGAGAGUCUUUGUCGAACCUGGCUCUGUCGAGGAAUCCUUCGAAGAUGCUUUCUCACCGGAAGACUUUAUCCGACUAUCAAACAGCAACCAUAUUGAGUGCAUCAGUCCGAUUAACCAUCAUAACGAAGAGAUAAUAGAAGCAGCGGCCUCUAAAGUAAAAACAGAGAUGAAAGAGGUUAAGAAUACCGUCCAGACGGAGGUCAAAGAAGUUAUGGAUAUUGUUCAGACGCUUCCGGAGACCCAGAUAGAGCCCGUAGAAAAACCGAACACUCAAAAUGUAGAAAUAAAAGUUGCUAAAGAUAAUACUCAAGUAGAAUCACCAGCUAACGACAAUCAAAAAGCAAUAAUGGACCAGAUAGAAGCUAAAAUUGAAGUCAAACCGGAUGUAAAACCAAAUGUACCUGAAGAAAAACAAAAACAAGAAGUAAUCGCUGCUUGUGAAGACAAAGUAAAUAGAUUGAAAGCUUUGUUAUCUUGCCGAAAACCUAAAACUAGACUAACGAAAACUGAAUCAGAUUCUACGGAACCUGUGACAGACAUAAAAAACAAGAAAGUACAGGACAAACACUUUAAGAACCCGGCGAGAACAACGGACAAAAGAAAGCAAUCUCAACUAAUAAAGAACAUACAAGAAGACAUGUGUUUCGGAAACUCUUUAGACACCGAAGAGGUUUCAACUCCUGAUAAUUCACCGAUACUACCGCCAACGAAGCUUUGCGAUAUGAUCAACUUGCAACCAAAGUUGGUUCCUGAACCGGAACCUGAAUAUUUCGAUGAAGUGCACGGUCGCUUCCGUUCAACAUCGACAGACAGUGACGACUCAUUCCAAAUAGUCUUCACGGACAGUCCGAAAACUACAAGACACCGGACUAUAUCAGACUGUGAAUCGGAAGACUCUUUCAUAGUCUUUGAAGAUUCUCCAGACAGCUGCUACACAUCUCAUGAUGUCUUCGGUGAAUCCACAGCGGAAAGUGACUCAGAUUCGGAUGUUAGUGACUCAGGCUGCGGUGUUUCGUGUAAGCUGUCGCAUUCGUUGACUCGGACUGUUGGAGAUUUGACGGAUGACAGUUUGUUUGACAAUACAGUGCGGGAAGAGAGUGAGGAUGAAGUGGACAGUGUGACGGUGUGCGAGGAGCUGAUGGAGGAGGUCAACACGGGAUUGCUUCUGAACGAUGCUAAGAAACUGUUAAGGAGACAACAGCCACCUAAGAGGGUAUCCUUCUCGGAGAAGCCUCCGAAGGUGCGCGUGAUGCGAGUGUGGGCGUUCGCGGCGAGGCAGGCGCGCCGCGGUAACUGGGAGCAGGACGCCAUGGACCGGGACAGGUUCAAGAGGAAGAUCGCUGAUGUAGACAUGGCGGUAUCAUGGGUCUUGAAGCCCCAACACCGGCGUCGAAUCAUGUUCCAACGUUUCAUGCCCUGGUGGAACAAGCAACGGCGACUAGAGAUAGAAGAGAGGAAGAAGAAGAAAGAAGAAGAGAGAAUAGCAGAGGAAAAGAGGUUAGAAGAAGAGAGAAUAGCAGAAGAGAAGAGAGUUGAGGAAGAAAGAUUAAGAGCUGAAGUUGAAGGUCUGAUGCCGACAGGAGUGGAGAUCUUGCAGGCUCCGCUGCCCGUGUUCGAGGAUGCUCCAGAGGAUGAAGAUACCAUGCAAAGCACAGAAUCUAGUGAGGAAGUAAUAAUCCAGUUGAUGGAUAUUCGGACGCGGCUGUCCAAGCUGAGAUGUAUGUUAGAAUGGCGGCUCGGCGUGGAUUUGUCUGACUAUACCUUCUGGCUCCAGGACGCUAAAAUUCUAGAAAACCACAAAACCCUAGUGGAGCAGUGCAUCAGAGGUGAAGGCGUGGUCCAGGUCAACAUACAGGUGCGAGCGGCGGAGAAAAAGAUCAACAUACUCGACGUUUUGAAACCCGACGAGGAGCUAGUCACGCUACCCACCCCUGCCCCGCAAGCUGAGGAAACAGUGGAGGCGGCGGAAACGGAAACGGAAGCGGAAGCUGAAGCGGAUAAAGAUGCCCCUCACGCCGCCGCCGUCAAGUGGGUGGUCGACGCCAACUUCAAACAGCACCACAGCCGCGCCAGUAUACCUGAUGAUCCCGCUGAAUGGUCCGUCCAACACGUCAAACUGUGGAUCCAGUGGGCCGUCCGACAAUUCAAUUUGACAGGUGUCAAACUGUCAGACUGGCAUAUCAGCGGUUGGACCCUGUGCGCGCUUACUAAUUUAGAUUUCAAAGAAAAAGUGCCUUCGGACCCAGGCGACUUGUUUUGGACACACUUUGAACUUCUGAGGAAAUGCAAAUUUAUAGCGGUAGUACAGAACCAAAAUCAAACAAAACAAGACCCUCUCGAAACGCCACAGUCUGCCAUCAAAAAACGACCUAAAACGCAAGUGAUCCAUACAUACACAGACGAAGAGGCGACUUUUGCGCACGCGCGUAACGGAAAUAAUGGACAAGUCCAACUGUGGCAGUUCCUACUGGAGCUGUUGACUAGUGCAGAACAUCUAGACGUGAUACGGUGGCACGGCACAGAAGGCGAGUUUAAGCUUAUAGAGCCGGAGCGAGUGGCUCGACUGUGGGGGGCGCGGAAACACAAGCCCGCCAUGAACUAUGAGAAGUUGUCAAGAGCCUUAAGAUAUUACUACGAUGGGGAUAUGAUCGCGAAAGUAGCAGGGAAAAGGUUCGUGUACAAAUUCGUUUGCGACCUGCAACAGCUGCUCGGGUACGGCGCGGGCGAGCUCGCGCAGCUCGUUCAAGAAGCGCAGGAGUAGUCACUCACGCGGUCACUCACUACAGGGUCACUCACUCUAGGACACUAACACUUGAGCUCGCGCGGCUCGCGCAGGAUGCGCAGGAGUAGUCACUCACGCGGUCACUCACUAUAGGGGGUCAUUCACUACGGGGUCACUCAUGCUAGAGUUCGCGCGGCUCGUGCAGGACGCGCAGGAAUAGUCACUCACGCGGUCACUCACGCUAGGGGUCACUCGCUCUAGGAGUCACUCACGCGAUCGAACCGGGUCACUCACGCAAAACAAAUAUGUCACUCACACAGAAAUGGCCCUUGCCAAAAUGUCGUGACUCAUUCAGCAAUGUGUCUUCUGUACGUGUGGUGUGGUCACUUACGAAUAAGUAGUGGUAAUAUUCCUGAAAAAAAAAGAGAUAAUUGUUAAUAUAUUAUCAACCAUAGAGGACAUCAGUAAGUGAAAGUUAUCUGUAGUGACAUCUAGUGUCAUUCACGCGUUAACUAGCGUAAAUUAUCAGUACUGCAACUUGUCAAUAGAUGUCGCGACGAACAAAAAGUCUAAUGCUCAACAAUUUUUAGCUAAUAUUACAAUAGUA